CUUGUUUGUCUCCCUACCGUUGGUGGCGUACCCCGCCCACAGCAGUGAUUAUUGUGUCUGGUCCAGGAACGCGGUCCGGGUUUUACUCCACAAAAACCUCCUCGUCUGGACUAACUACCGGAGACAGAAGAGGGAGGGUGGUCUGAAGCGGGUCUGAGAGGAGCGUGGUCCGGGUUGGAACGGGUUUGACCCGGUCUGGACCCUCGGUAAAGAGAGACGGAGGGAAAGUUUGCUUCAGUUUCGGUUGACGUCUCUGCAGCGCCGCCGGCAGCCAUGUUCAGGUAGAGACCGGCUCCACGGCGCCCCCACCAUGCGGAAGCAUCUGGACAGGAUCCGCUUCCGGGGCCAGAGGCGGGACGAGUUCCUGGACCUGGUCGAUUCGCCCUACGCGUCGGACACAGAGUGCCCCGAGGAGACCGUGACCAAAGCGCCGGUCUCCGUCAGGGAGGCGGAGGAGCAGAGGGAGGCGGAGGGAGAGCAGCACGGUGACGCACAGGCUGGUCCAGGAUCAUUUUCUGCCGCUCUCCAAGACGACUCGAGGACAGAUCUCAACGAGGUCAAAGGUCACCUGGAAAUCGCCUUGUUGGAGAAACACUUCCUGCAGGAGGAGCUGAGGAAACUCAAAGAGGAGUCCAACGUGGACUCCCUGAGACAGGAGCUGGAGAGGGAGCGCAGCAGGUGCACCGAGCUGGAGCAGAAGAUCAACGACGUCCUGAAGCCCAGACUUGAAGACUCCCCUUCUCAGACACCCAAAGCCCCGUCUCCGUCUCCGUCUCCUCCUCCACCUGCAGCCAGCAGCACAGACAAACAGAAGGACACUUUGUCCAACAGCGUCCUGAAAUGGCUUUAUGAUCGUUUUGGCGUUUAUAUCGAGGACUUCAGCUUCCAACCGGAGGAGCACACGGUGGAGGCGGAGGAGCCGCUGAGUGCCAAGAGGUUGACUGAAAACAUGAGACGGCUCAAACGAGGAUUCAGACCUCUGACCAACUUCAAGAGGAACCUUACUGCCCUGUCCAGCUGGAACUCUGUCUACACGUCGGCCAUCGCAUUCAUCGUUUACAUGUACGCAGCGUGGCACGGCUGGGCCGUCCCCAUGUUCCUGUUCCUCGCCAUCCUCCGACUAUCCCUAAAUUGCCUCAUCGCCAGAGGCUGGAGGAUCCAGUGGAGCAUCGUACCGGAAGUCUCAGAGCCGGUGGAGCCUCCUAAAGAAGACCUGACCGUCUCAGAGAAGUUCCAGCUGGUUCUGGACGUCGCUCAGAAAGCUCAGAAUCUGUUUGGGAAGAUGGCCAACAUCCUGGAGAAAAUAAAGAAUCUGUUCAUGUGGGUUCAGCCCGAGUUGACUCAGAAGCUGUACAUUGGUCUGUGGGUGGCCUUCAUCUCCUCCUGCCUGCUGCCGUUCAAACUGCUGGGAUUCUUCAUGGGUGUGUACGCAGGUAUAAAGUUUUUCAUCAUCGACUUCAUCUUCAAAAGCUGUCCCAAGCUGCGUCAGCGCUACGACACACCCUACAUCAUCUGGACCAAUCUACCCACCGACCUGCAGCUGAAGGAGCGCGGCAACACCACGCUGAGCAGACGGCCCACUGCGACGAGCGUCCGAGGGAGCGCCAGCGCUGCAGCUCCUCUGGGUGUCAGCCGGGACGAGGACGGAGGGCGGUACCACAGCACCAAGAGAGGAGCUUUUCACGAAGUCUUCAACCUGCCGGAGAGUGAGCGCCCUCUGACAGUGUGUGAGAACGGCUGGCGCUGCUGCCUCAUCAACAGAGACAGGAAGACACCGACAGACUACAUCCGCAACGGAGUCCUCUACGUCACCGAGAAUCAUCUGUGUUUCGAGAGCUCCAGCUCCAGAUCUGGAUCCUCCAAGAGAAACAAAGUCAUCAAACUGCUCGACAUCACCGACAUCCAGAAGUACAAAGUUUUGUCUGUGCUGCCUGGAUCUGGGAUGGGCAUCUCCAUAGCAACACCAUCCACCCAAAAGCCGAUGGUUUUCGGCGCGAUGAUCCACAGAGACGAGGCCUUCGACGCCAUCUUCACUCAGUACAUGAAGAUCGUUGGCACGGCUACAGCCACCGAACCGGAGACAUAGUGUCGCCUUCGCACGCACAAACACUGCACCUGUCUCACUAUAUUCACCGGUGACGUCGUGAAGCGGCUGCUGACGUCCGAUUGAGCUCCUCUCGCACGAUCGGGGUCCGCUGAUCGACUAAUAUAGAGCUCAAUAUAGAGCUUCAGCUUCCAGAAGGGAAAAUCCCAUUUCAUUUUCUCCAUAAGGAUCUUGAUUAGUAGCCAUCAUGUCUAAACUAUCCAAGAUGGUAAGCCACAAGUCCGAAUGAUAUUAAAACUAUAGUGCGUAGUUUCUGUAAUGACAACAAAACUGUCGGCGCGUCUACAUGAUACAAGCCUUCCGCCGUUACCGGUAGCCAAGGAGGACACGGAGGAUUAAAAAAACUUGAUGGACUCUUCAUAAGAGGUUCUUCACUGGAAUUCCUGCAAGUUAAAGUCACCAGACGACACCAAUUUCUAAACCCAGAAAUCCAGAGAGAGUUGCGUGGAAUUAGCUUCGUAGCAACUCAUAUGGCGACGGCUUUAAUGUGACGGACGUUCGUUACUAUGAAAAAAUUACGCACUAAAGCUUUAACCUUGUUUUUCAAAAUGUUAUUUUUGCUUCAUGUUUUAUGGUGACAAUUAAUCUCGCAGCUGGUUGGUUUGGUUCCAGGCUUAAAACCCUUUUUAUAGUUAAAGGACAACACAAAGGGUUAAACUGUUUUCACAGAAAGCUUCCGCCCAAGACUUUACGUCUUUUCGAGUGUUAAUUUACCAUAAAUGAUCAAAUUAAUGGCUUGGAUUUAAAUCUCAAAAUAACGGUUAGAAGGGGGCGUUACCUGAAUCAUAAUGAUAAUAAUCUCACUUGAUAAAUUCAGUAUAAAGUCAUUUCACACUCUGCUAACAGUACUUCCUCUGUAUAAUACUAAUACUAUUCUCAAACAGUGAUUAUUUCCAUUUGUUUCUUCUUCUUCUUCUUCUUCUUCUUCUUUCUCUUUUAUUUAUUCUCACCCUGCUACGCUCCAGUCGUUGAAGCUCACCACUUCCUGCACAGAUGCUUCACAUUAAAAGCCUUCCAAGGGCACAAUUUCUUUCUUACUUGAAAGGCUUUUAAUGUGAAACAUCUGCAGGAACACUGAUUUAAAAAAAGCUGACGCAACAACUACACUUUAUUAAAACUGGUCAGAUGGCGUCAUCCAGUGACUUUUGGAGCUAGUGCUAACUACUUUCAAUGGAAAAGAGACUGGCUGCAACUAUCAGUUUAUUUCGAUGGGUCCUAAAACCAGUUCAAACCCCCAAAAUAUUAAGUCUAAAAUGACAUUUAAGACUUUCCUGACCUUCCUUACAUUCCUAACUGCACCGUUACACUGAGACAUAUUACACUGGGACGUUUAUACCCACGUGUGAGGCAUUCCUCCUAGUUUUUAAAAUAAAUAACGAUUUAUUUUUCUUUUCUUACAUCAAUUGCAGAUAAACUUGUUUAAACGUAAUUCAUUUACAUUAGUGUCUUCAGGGAAUUGCAUUACAUAACUCCGUGUUCUACCUAGCGGCUACGCCUUACAGUCAGUUAAUAUUAUUAUAGUAUGUUGAUUUUUUUUAUGAGGUGGUAAGAGGCUGUUUGUAUUAUAUAUGAAUGUUGUGAAACAUUUAAUGUAAAUCACAAAGUUAACCUCAGCUUAACGUUUUUGUCUUAGCUUAAAGCUAAAGCUAGCGACCCAGAAACAACCCGUAACACAGUUAACAGUUUGUCGAGUCAAACUUUAAAUUUCCGUCACGUAAAGAAAACAGAAGCCACACGGAUAUGAAAUGUUGACUUUUUGUCCCAAACUUUAGCUUUUCUCUUAGCUCGAAGCUAAUCGGCUAAAGCAAUUUACAACACAUUAGGCUCGUUCGAGAUGAACUGCGCCCCGUCUGUAAAGUGGACGAGAGCAGGCGGCAGCAGCGGGGGGGCGGUGACAGAAAGCUGCGGUAAAGUCGGACAGUUUCCAGCCGAUUCCAGCCGCCUUCAGGCUGGACAGGAAGUGAUGAAAACACUGUGGUGCGAUUCUGAUUUGAUAAAAUAUAAUCAGACCCACGUAUCAGCUG